AUGUAUGUCGGAUAUACCUCGUCGAAUAAUAUAACUCGAACUUCAAGUCAAAUAACAACAUCUCGAACGAACAAGUAUAUUGAACCACGUACACGUCGCAAUAUUGGGUCACAUGAAAUGUUUGAUAAUGAUGCUGAUCAAUAUGAAUUUGCUAGUAAGUCCUACGUAUUUAUGCUUAUUACGAUAUUAUUUGUUUUAGCCGACGGUGCAUUCAACAACUAUUCUACACCGCAGGUGCAACGUCGUCGUCCAUGUGUACAAUCAUGGACACAGUCUACAACUCAUGUUUCAAAGUUUCAAGGUAUCGUUUAG